GUUGUCAAACAGCAGGGACAGCAGCAGAAGUGCAUAAAUAUUCUGAGCAGGUUCAUCACACCGAAAAAUGUUUGCUGCUAAUUGUGCGCGUGUGCUUUAGCUGGUGCAACAAAUGUUACGCUCGUUCGUUUAGCCGGUGUUGGAAAGUGAUUGAAAUUGUGUGUGGUUGAAAAACAAUCCGCAGAACCACAGGAAAACAUCGGACAUCUUGCUUGCUGCUGCUGUUCUGUGCUGUGCAUACAGUACAAACACACACACACACAUACCGACACACGCACGCACACCGAGAAGGGGGCACAUACCAGCACAUACACACACACACACACAUUACAUCGGCCAUCAUCAUCGUCAUUGUUGGUUGUUCCCUUAUUUUUGCUCACCCAUCGGCAAGCCAAUUCCGCUGCAUCCGUGGUCUGGCGCGGAUGAUGGAGGUGAAGUGGGAAAGAUGAGAUGAGAGGUUCGCCCGAUCGUUCUCCGGAGUUCUGUGUGUCGAGUGAUAUUGUUGCCGUCGUUGCCUUCCCCUGGUCCGCUGGUGUUUCGGGUGGUGUCUGUCUGGCUGCUGUGUGGUUCUCAUAUUCCAAGAUGUCGAGCGAUCGUGAGUGAGGCGGCACAUUAAGCCAAUGUGGUGAUGCGAUUUGAUGUGAAUUCCACAAUAUUGUGUGCGCGAAAGAGGAAAAUCGGAUACUGUGUGUGUGUGAGUGGUGGUGGUGAAAAUGUAAAGUUGUCCGGGUACGUCAUUAUCGAUCCGUUUCCGUUGCUUACCGAAAGCGUACAGUGCGUGAUCGUUCUCUAUUCUGCUGCUUCCGCCAUCGCGGGGCUGGAAUUGAUUUCCCUCAAAUGUGUACGUCCUGGUAGGCGCUGUGUUUCGGUUUUCGUCGUUUCCGCGCGUUUAUCAUCGCACAAGUUAUCGAGUUUUCGUGUUCCGUUUCGGUUCGACCGUCCCCGCACCAUCCCCUGUUUGCCAUUGCCCGUACUUCCCGUCCCGACACUAUACCCGGACAGGGCCUUAUCAAACCCGCUUCCAACCACCCCCUUUCUGAAACACAGCACAAGUGUGUGUGUGUGUGCCGUCUCGCCCUUUGGCUGGGAUUUACUGCAUCGAUCGCAGUAGCCAGUAGACAGUGGAAUAAUGGGGCAAACCCCCAUCUGUUUGUGCCUUUGUGACAGCGAGCCUUUGCCAAGAAGCAUUGAUUAAAAGAAUCCAUUGUAAAUGUGCAUCCACCAUCCUUUCGCGAUUAGUUUCAUUCCGAAGCGCACUGUGUGGUUGUGUAUGCAUAUUUAGCGAAUGAAUCAACACCAGCUGGUUCAGUAUCGACAGGAGCAGAAAAAAAACAACAGCACGGCCACCCUUUGCGAAUCAUCGACCAGCGCCAUCGCAGCAACACCGCUGAACGAACCCUCCGGCGGUCUUUGCUUUAGCAGCUGAUGCGCAGGCAGGUGAACAAGGAACAGUAGGCUAAGCAAGAAGGAGCAGCAGCAGAUUAAACUGGCCAAGAGGAAACAAGAUCAUCGCAAACAAACUCGAACCGCGCACUCCUCUCUGUCUCUCUCUCUCUCUCUCGCUCUGGUGACGAUGAUGGGCGUGGACGGCAGCACCCGGCGCUAGAAAGGAGAACCGCAAACGCUAUAAAGACACACAGACACACACGCAAGUGCCUAACAGGGAGAGGUGGUGCCGUCGAAGCAUAAAAUUGUAAUUAUAAUAAUGGUCGCGGCCAAUCGAUCGAACGUUGCUGCCGGUGGUCGAUUAGAACGGAACUCCCGUACCUAUUAACCUCGGUCCGAAGGUGCCGAAAUUGGGGACGACCGGUCUGAGGGGCGCGGACACCGCGGUUCGAAUUGAUAUUCCUCUAACACCGGUGAACGACGCACCCGCCGGAAAAGGGAAGCCCUGCUUCGAAGGGAGUUCGUUCGGAACAAUAAGCAAUAAUACAUUUAGAGAAAAGGAGAUAGGAGCAACAGUCGAAAUUUCCCGGACCGAAAACGGCAAGCAAUACUGCAGAGGAACUACACAAACACACGCACCGGGAAUUUAAUUUCGAGCGACAUUUGAAGCGACCAUCGCCGCCAGACCGUCGGCCCGAGGACCGAAAGGAAGAAGCAGCAGCAUCGGAACACAGAAUUCGUGCGACGUUUGCAAAUUGAGUGUGCGAAAGAGAGGGAGAGAAGCGGCCAGAUGGCGACGACGAAUAAAGAGGUCUACCACGAAGGCUGGCUCAUCAAAUCGCCACCGACGAAACGUAUCUGGCGCGCGCGAUGGCGACGGCGCUGGUUCACGCUCAAGCAGGGUGAGCUGCCCGGUCAGUUCUUUCUCGAGUACUACACCGAUCGCAAAUGCCGCAAGCUGAAGGGCAUCAUCGAUCUCGACCAGUGUGAGCAGGUGGACGCGGGGCUGCGGCUCGACCGGCAGAAGGAAAAGUACGCGCACAUGUUCGACGUGAAGACGCCGACCCGCACCUACUAUCUGGCCGCGGACACCGAGGAGGACAUGCGCGGCUGGGUGAACUGUAUCUGCCAGGUGUGCAGCCUGCAGGAAACGCAAACCGUGGACGAUCGGCCAUAUUACAACAUCGGCGCAAUCAAUAUGGCGGAUGCGGUCAACAUGGCGGACACGGUGGUAGAGACGAGGGCACCGACCCGAUCGACGAGCAACGGGGCGGCAGCAGUAAUGGAAACGGACGUGUCAAACGAAACCGAAACGACCAUGCUGAAUCAUUCGGUGGUGGGAGAGGCAGCCGCAGCGGAUCCGUCACAGCACCAUCACAACAGCCAACAGGCGGCAAAGCGUACACCACCGGCGGCCUACAACCCGUACGGCACGUACCAGAACGAGGAAAUGAUGGGCUUUCGCUCGAUGGACUACACCAACCGGGAGACGAUCAUUUGCGAGGCAAAGCUGGGCCAAACGGUACCGAACGCGGAGGCGUACUCGAAUCUGGACGUCAUCAUCGAACGCUCCCAGUCGUUGCGUGGUAAGCCGACGGCGAAAAAUGGCGAACCGUCCAGCUCAUCGACAAUGACGAACGGUAUCGGUACGGGUACGGCCAGCUCGAUGGGGCAUCAUAUGCGUACACAGUCGCUCAAUAUUGACCAUCAGCAGCAGCAGCAGCAGCAGCAGCAACGUGGUGGUAAAAAGAUUCCGGAAAAUCUGAAACUCUCCGACCGUUCCCCGUCGACCAGUGCGUUCGAUAGUGGGCCAGAGCAACCGUCCCCGGCCCUGAGCACCUCGUCCGGACCGUACAUCCCGAUCAGCGAGUGCUACUCGGGCAGCCCGGUGACGCCGCUGAACUCGCUCGAUCCACGCUUCUACGAAACGCCGCGCAGUCACACCAACAUCGGCUUCAAUCUCGUCAACAACGAGCAGCCGUACUCACCAAAGAGAAACAACGUCGGUGGAGGGCCGCUAGCCACCGGGCCGUCGUCGCUUGUGCUGGGGGGAACGGGAGGAGCCGGUAACACAGUGCCAAAAGGCAUUGGUCCGAGCUGCAGUGGUAAAUCGAGCCCGUCCGAUUCGGAGAGCGUGUUUACGGACGAUGAGUGGACUGCUGGGUCGCCGAGCGAUGGAAUGCGUGGUGGUCGUGAGGGAGCUACGAACGGUGGUGGUGUUGUUCGUGGAAGUGCGGGAGGUGCUGGUGGUACGAUCGAUAGAAGCACCCGGCCGUCGGACAGUUCGAUCGAGAAUGAUGCGGUCGGGUGGACGUAUGUGCAGCGCUUCUCCAAAGUGCCCAACACGGAGGAGAAACAGCAGCAGCAGCAGCAACAGUUGAAGCAAGUGCAAGGUGCUAGCGCUGGGAAUGCCCCCGGCGCUCCACCAAGACCGCCGAAACGGACCAGUCUGAACUUGGAGGGUAUAGAAAAAACCAAGGACAUAAUAUCUUCCGACACGGAGAACGUUUCACCUGCCAUCGGACCGAAAGAAGCAAGCGCGCACAUUGAACAGUUCUACGAUAUUCCACGCUCCCAUCAGCACCCGUACACUGGCAGCAGUAUGCACCUUCCCGAUGGCGAUCUGCUGUCACCAUUAAGCCAGUGCGAUCUGGUCGCUUCCAGCACACCAAAUCUGAUCAGCGAUUUCGGGUCGGGCAGCCAGUGCGGUACGCUGGGACGCCCCCGGCCCCACUGCUACACCAAUGCUGCCCCGACAAAGAUCGAAGGCAAUGUGUUUCGUUUCGAUUUCAGUGAACAGUCCGACGCAUCAGCCCCGGCCAUUAAUCGCCGCUUAAAGCCACGCUCGUCGUUCGAUAUCACCAAAUCGAUCGAGUCCGUGACGCAGGGCGUUAAGCAGCAGAUGUCGCUCGGUGGCGCUGGUACGACGGCACCGCCAGUGCCCAUCCCAAACGGUGGCAGUGCUAACGGGGGCGGUCAAUCUGCCAAGAGUCCACCGACGGUUGAUCGUACGCGCAAGCCCGCAACUCCAAAGAUCGGUACUAAUUCGAUGCGUCGGAAGGGUGGACCGGUAUCGUUAAAUCUCGCCUCCAAUCAAGCGACCGAAAGCACGUACGGUAACACACAGGAUGCGAGCAUUUCAAUGCUCUCGGUGAUAUCGCCACGCGCUGCCAGUAAGAACGAAGAUCGCCUACAGUAUCUCGAUCUGGAUCACUCGAACAGCCCACAGAAAGGAUCCAACCAAAAUGCCAUCUACUCGGCCGGUCCUAGCAGCAGUAUCGUCGGUGCAGGACAAGGAGCAUCAGGAGCAUCUGCGGCGCACGGUGGUGGCAGUAAUGGAAAAAAUCACCACCACCAGCAACAAAACCACCAUCAUCCGGUAGCGUCGACCAGCUCGCUAUCGCACGACAGUACCGGCGGUCAUCACGGUGGCACAUCUGCUCGGCAUCAUCGGGACGGUGGCGAAACGGGCACAGCGAAGCCCACCAUACAGACAAGCCGCACACCGUACACGACGGUCGAUUUCGUUAAAACGGACGCGUUCAAUCGGGUCCGCGCCGACUCGGAACUGACGCGCGCACAAUCCCGCCUAAAGGAUCAAACGUCCUAGAUGCGACCAGCACAUAUAAAACGCUUUUCGUCGAAGGGUGUGUGCGCGAUUCAUAUCCAACACAUAUUCGGUCUUCCGCAUUUCAUUGGGUGUCGCUUUUUCCAAUUUUUGCUUUUGCUACAACUCCAAUUCCCUCGAAUGUUGGGAACACGGGAACAUGAUGGACUCGCUAACAUAUACGCACAUGGAAAGACUGGUGGAAAUGUAGCACGGGAGAAGGAAACGGAGCACGAAUGGAUGAAACUGAAACACUAUUACUA